AUGCUGCAAGUCUCCAACUGUAUAAGUAAAAAUUAAAAAAAUGAUUUCACAGUAAAAGAUUGUGAUGUACCAUAAAUUAAUAUAAUUCCAACAUCAAAAAGAAUUCAGACUAAACCAAAAGAAAAUACUGUAAAUGAAUAAAAUGUAACCACAAGAUAUGUAACUGAAUAAAGAAUAAGCUCUGGUAUACUUAUUGUUUGAUUAGUAACCGAAAAUAGUAUUUAUGAAUAAUAAGAAUAAAAAAGGAUUCCUUCUUACUGUGUUAAAUGGUUGAAUUAUAAAUAUGAAAAGAAAGUAAAAAACUUCAUUUACAAUAGGAAUUUGUAUAAUUAGAGCAGCAUUAUUUAAAAAUUCUAUAAAUAAAGCCUGAAAAAGAUAUUGUUCAUUAAAUUGAAAGGGAUCUAACUAGAACAAUCAAGGCAGAAAACAACUAUACAGAAAUAAGAAAUAUCCUUACUGCAUAUUCUGUUUACGAUCCUAUUAUUGGAUAUGUAUAAGGAAUGAAUUAAAUUGUCUCAAUUCUAUUUAAUCAUGCAAAAUAAGAGUGGAUAACCUUUUGGCUUUUUGUAAUUUUAAUAGAAUAAAUGGAGAUUAGAGAUAUUUUCUAAUUAUCACUUAAUGCAAUUUACAAAUACUCAAAAAUCUUAGAUUUUCUUUUGAGUAAGUUUUCGCCCAUACCUUAUAAUAAUUUAUCUCUAAAAUAGGUGAAUACUGAAUUAUACAUUUAAUAAUGGCUACUAAGUUUGCUAUUGUAAUUUAUUCCAUUUGAAUAUACUUAAGUUUAUCUGGAUGGAUUAUUCAAAUAAGGAAUAUCCCAUUUUUAUAUGAUAGCAUUAAAAAUCAUCAAUGCAUUUGAUAAAGCAAUAAAUAAAGAAGAUUAAACAGAAAUCUUAAUAUUGUUAACUUCAAAAUAAUAUGUAAAACAAUUAAAAAAUAUAAUUAGACUUAAUUGAAAUGGUCGUCCAUUUUUAUAUAUUAAUGGGACCUAAAUCCAAGUUAAUUGAGAGUGCUAUUAGAUUGUUUUGAUAGUGACACCAAUUCAUUUCAAAAACCAAAAUUUUAAACACAUUGUUCAUAGUUUAUAAUAAACUUCUUCCAAUUUAUUAAAAGUACUUGA